CAACAACAACAACAACAACAACAACAACAACAACAACAACAACAACAACAACAACAACAACAACAACAACAACAACAACAACAACAACAACAACAACAACAACAACAACAACAACAACAACAACAACAACAACAACAACACCAACAACAACAACAACAACAACAACAACAACAACAACAACAACAACAACAACAACAACAACAACAACAACAACAACAACAACAACAACAACAACAACAACAACAACAACAACAACAACAACAACAACAACAACAACAACAACAACAACAACAACAACAACAACAACACCAACAACAACAACAACAACAACAACAACAACAA